UGUUUGGGGUCAGUGUUGGAGUGUUUAGUUUAGUUUAUCUGCUGCGUUUCAGGUUUGAACUUUAUCUGUGAGAUCGGCGCUGUGCCAGUAUGCGACAUGCUGCUGGACAUACAGGUCAGCUAUAGUUAGAUAGGUGUUCUUCUGACUGUAGAGGUUAAUCACGUGUUAAGCUAGUUGGUUUUAUUGCGCUUUCAUUCAUUUUUGUGAGCUGUAGUAACUGUUAUUAAUAGUGAUAAUAUAUGUGUUCUGAGUCACAGCAGUACCGUGUGCUGAGCUUUAGACCUAUCAGAGGGCUGCUCAGUCCUGGACUCUUGUGCUGCAGGGUGUGUGUGUGUCUGUGUGGCUCAUGUUCCCUUUACCCCACAUUUCUUCAUGAGAGGAAGUCAGAGAGCACUGGCUGGACACACCGACCUGGAUCAGUGCCAGCCUCUCUCUCUCAGCUCACAGGUUGGGGAUAAACCUGGUCUUAAGCCGGACUGCUCCUCCGUCCCUCCAGUUUAAAGCGGAGUGUAAAUCAUGCUGCUGUCUCUCUCCGAGCUGUGGACGGGGUGUGUGGACUACAUCUCCAGACCCUGCACUCUGCUGCUCAGCCUCAUCACUGCCUCCCUCUUCUGUCUGUGGGGUCGGGAGGGGCAGGUACCCAUGUUGGUGUGUGGGGAUGGCUUUAGGGCGUUUCUACAGCGGCACUGUCCCGUUGUACUGGAGCAUUUCCGUCCUACGCCGUGGUGCUGGGGUGGGCGGGUUCAAACGCUCGUGCGAGUGUUCAUCAGGUGCAGCGCUAAAGUCACAUACCGCAAUGAGCUAAUCAGGACAAAAGAUGGUGGUCAGCUCUCUCUGGACUGGGUUGAUAACUCCAACAAUGCCAAGUACCCACAAAGCUCCACGCGGCCGACGGUUCUGUUCCUGCCUGGUCUGACCGGAAACAGCCAACAAAAAUACAUCCGCACUGCUGUCCAAAAAGCCACUCAACAUGGAUACAGGUGUGUGGUGUUGAAUUACAGAUGUUUUGGAGGCGAGGAACUGCUGACCCCUCGUACAUUCUGUGCUGCUGAUACCUCAGAUGUAGAGACAGUGGUUAAUCAUGUGAAGGAACUUUACCCACAAGCACCUUUGCUCGGAGCUGGUGUGUCACUCGGAGGUAUGUUGUUACUUAAUUAUUUGGCCCGUAAGGGAAAGGAAUCCAAGAUGAUUGCUGGUCUCACCAUGUCUGUGGUCUGGAACUCCAUGGAUUCUUCUGAGUCCCUGGAGCAGCCAAUCAACAAACUCAUUUUUAAUCGACAUCUCGCCUCUGGCUUGUGCGUUGCUGUCAAAAAGCACAGAAAGAUCCUGGAGAAGGUGAUAGACAUGGAUUAUGUGCUGAAGGCACGUACAAUCCGUGAGUUUGAUGAGCGUUUCACAUCUGUGAUGUUUGGCUACAAGACCUGUGCUGAUUAUUACAAAGAUGCCAGCCCGGCGAACAGAGCACAUCAGAUAACAGUACCUGUGCUGUGUUUAAACGCUGCUGACGACCCUUUUUCCCCAAAACACGCAUUACCGGUAGGUGUCAUUCAGAGAAUGCCCAACGUGGCUCUGUUGGUGACCGCUCACGGAGGACACAUCGGCUUUCUGGAGGGUCUCUUUCCUAAAAGCGAGGGCUAUAUGGACCGCCUGUUUGGACAGUUUAUCUGGGCUGCUUUUGAACACCUGGAGGAGCUGAGAGAGGCCUGUAACAUCAAGGAGCAUCUCACAGAGUAACAAAACUUCUAUAAUCUGUAUUUAACCAGUUAUUCAAUGCAUUCACCGCUCAGUUCAGUAUGGUAUUUCCAGUAAAUUAUUACAGCUCAUUUAGGAGUUUAUUAAAUGGACAUUUUACCCUUUCUUUCGUUUCAUUGUCAGAAGUACUUAUUGUAACGUGCAUUGGCUAAAAUGAGUUUAGGACUAAUUUUGAUUUCAGUGAUCAAAUUUUAAAAAGACCAAAUUUAACAAUAAAAAAAUUAUUGUUCAUGUCAAUUGUCAAUUUGAGAUGUAUCAAUGUAGCAUAAUCUACCAGGUAGAUUUAGAUAGAAAAUAAUAAUAAUAAUUAUUAUUAUUAUGUAAAUAUUAUUAAUAAACAAUAUAUAUAUAUAUAUAUAUAUAUAUAUAUAUAUAUAUAUAUAUAUAUAUUUUUUUUUUUUUUUUUUUUUUUUUUUUUUGUCUCAU